CUUAAAUUUCUACUGAGACGAUCAUUACCUACAUGAAUAAAAAGACAUGCUAGAUAGGCACCACAGACAUAUCUAUGUAGGCACACACCAUUGUCUGUACACUGUACUGCUCUGCUAGCCACCGGCACUAGGGAUGAGCAAGAAACAAAAGACAGAUGCAGAGGGUGUGCACUCUAAAGUGGUGGUUUCUUUGGACAAUGCCUGUUCCUCUAUUUGCACUGAUGCCUCUACUUCACUAAUUGCAGUGGUUGGAAGAAAAGUGUUCAAAGUGCUAAGGAUCCAGCCGAGUAGCUAUGAGGUGGUGUGCAACUUGCGUGACCUCCCUAAUAAGCAGCUCAACCUCAAUUACUCCAACAACGAUGUCCACUUCCACCCCAAAGACGAGUCUCAGUUGGCCACUGCACCCACCAAUGGCAGUGUUGUGAUCUGGGACAUCAGCAAGAGAACCAAAAAUAAACUCUACCAUGUGUUUGAGGGCGCUCACCAGCGAGCAGUGAACAAGGUCAGCUACCACCCCAAGGACUACAACCUCCUUCUCAGUGGAGCACAGGACUCAUGCAUGAAUAUAUUUGAUACCCGGCAGAGAAUGGUUGUAAGUGCCUUCAAAGGCCCAGACUGUGUCAGGGAUGUCAAGUUUGCUCCGAGUAAUGAGCACUACUUUGCUGCUUGCUAUGACAAUGGGACAAUACAGGUAUGGGACAGACGCUACAAUGAACACUGUUUGAAGACCAUUCCUGGCCACAAUGGCCCAGUUUAUUGCUGCAACUGGCACCCUGAGGUGGAGCACUGCAUCCUCAGUGCAGGCAGGGACAAGCUCAUAAAGGGCUAUGAAGGCAUUACUUCAACUGGCCGUCCCAAAGAGAGGUUCACAGUUUCCACACCGUUCUCUGUGGCCAGAGCCAAAUGGAGGCCAGGUCACAAGAACCACAUCACUAGCUGCUCCCACUUUUUGGACAACACUGUGCAGAUCUGGGACUACCGACGGCCAUUCAUUCCCUUUGCCUCCUUCACAGAACACACUGAUGAUGUCACAGAUCUGCUGUGGUUGAAUGACCAGGUGUUAAUCUCCUGCUCUAAGGAUGGGAAGGUUAUUCAGCAGCUCUUCUCAGACGCACUGAGACCAGUGGAUAAGGCAACUCCGGUGGCCCUGUCUUUCAGACCUGAUGGUCAUGUGGUCCAUGCCUGCAGUGAUUCACUCAUACACAAAUCUAAGGCUACACAUAACAACAGUGGUCAGUACGGCUCUUCCCGUCACUCUUAUCAGCCCAUGUCCUUCCGUAAGCCUGACUAUGACCCAUACCCUGAGGCAUUCCUUCUUUUCGCCAGUUCACUCAAGGAACACCCCAAGGACAAGGAGGGUAGCAUGGACAAGUUUAUCAGCUGUGCGAAGGCGUUCAAACUUCAUGGACAGCCAAUGCAUGAGCUUUGUGACCACAACUACAAGGUGUCUGCUGAGCUAGGCAGACAGGAUACUGCUCAGACGUGGCUCUUCCUCAAGCUUCUCUACUGCAACACUGACCCUGACUGCUCCAUGCUGGGUCUACUGCAGACCAGGGCCCCGACACGACACACAAGCAGUAGGCUUUCAAAUGUACAGACCCCUGUGAUAAUCGCUGAGGCCAGCAGUGACACUCCCAGCUCUCUGCACAGGAGGGACUCUGUAUCACUGCCCAAGCAGGAGGGGGCCCCUUCCAUAGACUCUUGCCCUGAUGAGACGGAGGAUGAUGUGGAGGAGAGCAACCCCCCUGACCUCAAUGCUGCUCUGGAUUUCUUUGAGUCAAGUGACCAAGAGUCUGACGUCGGUCCUGCUCAGAUUAUUGUUUCACAGCAGCCCCGUCAGCAGGGCUGGGAUGAGUUGCCCACUGAGUCCAUUCAAUUGAGACAUAACCUUCUAGCGAGACCUCCCUCCCCUGAUCAAGAAGCUUUGUCUGCAGUGUCAACAGCUCACAGUGCUCAAGACUCAAGCAGUGUGUCCGUGAGACCCCAAACCAAGGAGGGAAUGAGCUACAACAAGCAGAGCGUAGCGAUCACUGCACCUUGGAACUUUUCUCCUGUGGUGGGAGAUAUGCUCAAGUUCUAUGCACAAAAGGGUGAUGUUCAGAUGAGUGUGUCAGUGUUGCUUGUGCUGGGAGAUAAGACUCCAGGGCUAGUCAAUGAGAUACAGCAAGAGCAGUGGUUCUCCUCGUACAUCGAUCUGUUGAUACGUUACGAACUGUGGUCAGUAGCUGCACUCGUCAUCAAAUUGUGUCCCCUUCCAAGCAUCAAUGAAAUGAGCCAGCAAUCAACUACAUACCACAUUGGGUGUGGAGGUUGUAGCAAGUCCAUGGAGAACAGGGGAUGGCAGUGUCAGCGCUGUGAGAAGAUAACCAGCACCUGCUCAGUUUGCAAUCGAGCAGUGCGUGGUCUGGUAGUAUGGUGUCAAGUGUGUGGUCAUGGAGGACACUUACAACAUAUAACUCAAUGGCACAAGAACUAUGAACAGUGUCCAGCUGGCUGUGGGCACCAAUGUGCACGCAGUGGUUGUCUAGCAUGAACACUCCUUGUUUGUAUCCCAUUUUGUAACGACUGAGGCUUAAUGAAUAAUUAUUUUGCCACAAACAG